AGACAACUCACCAGAAACCACCAUGGCACCUUCCAACAUCAACAGAGCUGCGAAGCCCUACAGCCGACCUGCGCCUCGCCCUCGCGCAAGCCCAGAGGGACAAUGGUUGCAUGACAAGGCUCCCGGGGUCCCCCGGGCGGUCCAGGCGAACGCGACGAGCCGUCCUGCCGGCGGAAUAACUAACACAAGGAUCCUCGUCUCAAAUCUGCACUAUGAGGUUACGCCCAAAGACCUGACGCAAAUCUUCGGUCAAAUUGGCACGCUUGUCCGUGAACCACUAAUCAGGUAUGACCGCAGCGGACGGUCUACAGGCGUUGCCGUCGUCACCUUUGAAACGCCUGCCGAGGCAACAAGGGCAAAGAACCAGUUCGACGGCAUACUCGCGAAAAAUCAGCCAAUGGAAAUCACUUACGACACCGCGCCCCCUGCGUCUGCGAAGGGGCCCCGCCGGGGUGCCAACACCGGGUCUCUCCUCAAUCGCAUUGAGAAGCCGCCGCUCUUGGACCGCCUGAGCCGAAAUGACACAAAGCCCCGGCAAAACGCUGCAACGGAGGGAGGUGUCGGUCCUGUGCGCAACAAGCCCCGCGGGGGUGCCGCAGGGCCUCGUGCGGGCAAAAGAGUGCCAGCGAAGCCCAAGACCGCGGAGGAUCUGGACAAGGAGUUGGACGCGUAUCUGCAGGAUGACGUCAUCCCCAAUGGGCAGACUGAGAAGCCUGCGGCCGUCGCGGGCGAGGGCGAUGUGGAGAUGGCCUGAUUGUUCUGUGCUGCUCAUGUCCGGACUCGACCUGUUCUGUAUAUUGUACGUCUUGGCUACACUUCCUAUUCAGCGCUUCCUUGAACUGCUUACUUUACUGUAGGCGACUCUAGCCGUGUAUCCACC